CGACGUCAUCGACUAGAGCUCGUCCACAUUGCGUCACGGCGUGAAAGAACUUCCUAUGUAUCGUUCCUCAUAAAAGAAUUUACCAGUAAUUAUUCUUUAUGAUUUAAGUCAUCGAAAACUCACAACUCAAUUCUUUAUUGGUAAUCAAAUCUUUAGUAGUAUCACUUACCAACUCUUAAAAUGGAUCCCUCAGCACCAUCCCAACCCUCUAAAGCUACAGCCUACGAAACGCAAGGGAACCCAGCGUCCUCGAACCCAUCCGAGCAGCGUAGCGAGCAACGUCAUAGUCAUGACCAUGGGCGCGUAGUCGAUGAGCGCUCGCCCUCGGGUCAAGCCGCGGGGCUUAAAGAAGCUGUACCUUCGAGUCUGGGCUAUGGUAUUCGUGGUGCGCCCGCGGGGGAAGAACAGUUUGGUCGCACGCAUGAACAGGUUGGGAGGAAUAGGGAGUUGGAGGGGGAGCAGAUGAGGGCACCCGGUGAGGGUGAUGUGGCGGAUGUGGUGCAGAGGAAGCCGGGUGCUGGGGGCGAGCAGCCGGAUUUGGCGGGGGAUCUUGAUCGGAAAAAGCGCGAGCAGGCUGGUAAGAGGGAGGCGAUUAAGGAGGAGAGGAGACAUGGUCGAGCGCCUGAUGAGGGGGAUGUUAGGGCUGGUGUUGCGACUUGAGACGAAAAUGUAUCCAAGGGUGACGGUCGAACAAAUAAGGAUGUAUGAUAUUUAGUGUGUAUGUUCUCUCAUAUCUCCAAGUGUACGGACAUGGUGGUGUGUAUGGACAUGAGUGUAUCUCCUUUGGGGGGUCACCCGGGUAUAUACAACUCUAAAGGCCUUGAUUAUAAUCGAGGAGAAAAGUAACCGUCAUAUUC